ACCGGCUGAUAAGAAGUUUAGCCUUUUUUUCGCUGAAAGGUUCAAAGUUCCUUUAAGAUAUUGAAUCUUUGAAUUGAGUAUUUAUUUUAUUGUUAUUGUUUAUUUAGUUUACCGGCACAUACUACUUGUUGAUAUCGCCUGCCGUGUUCCGACAACAAAAUUUCGAAAUGAUGAAUAUUGCCGCUAAUACCCUGCGCAACCUUCGUAAGCAGGUUCCAGCACUGCAACAAGUUCGUAACUUGAAUUUGUUGGAAUUCCAAAGUAAGGAUCUUUUACAAAAAUAUAAUGUUGCCAUACAACAGUUUAAGGUGUUGGAUAACUCGAGCCAAGAUGCUGAAGCUUUAAAGCAAUUUGAAUGCCCCGAGUAUGUGGUAAAGGCUCAGAUAUUGGCUGGAGGUCGCGGUAAAGGUACAUUCGAUAAUGGCUUUAAGGGGGGUGUUCACAUAACCACAAACAAAAAUGAAGUGGUUUCCCUUACGAAAAAAAUGAUUGGAAAUCGUUUGAUAACCAAACAAACACCCAAGUCCGGCAUUAUGGUGAAGAAAGUUAUGGUGGCACGCAGUGUUAAUAUUAUUCGUGAAACAUAUCUCUGCAUUUUACUUGAUCGUGAACACAAUGGUCCAGUUCUAAUUGCUUCACCGGCAGGUGGCGUUGAUAUUGAAGCAGUGGCUGAAGAAACUCCCGAGAAAAUUCUCACCAUUCCAUUGGAUAUCGAUAAAGCUAUACCUCAGGCUACUUUGGAAAAAGUUGCCAAGUUUUUAGAGUUCAAAGGAAAAUGCAUUGAAACAUGCGCCCAGGAAAUUCAAAAACUCUAUGAACUAUUCAAGGCUGUCGAUGCUGUACAAAUUGAAAUAAAUCCUUUGGCUGAGACAGACAAAGGCGAGGUUAUCUCUGUGGAUGCCAAAUUGAAUUUUGAUGACAACGCUCAGUAUAGACAAAAAGAUAUAUUCGCUAUGGAUAUUAGCGAGGAGGAGUCAGAUCCACGUGAAUUAGAAGCUUCCAAAUAUAAUCUAAAUUAUGUUGCGAUGGAUGGCAAUAUUGGAUGCCUGGUUAAUGGAGCCGGUUUGGCGAUGGCCACAAUGGAUAUUAUCAAAUUGAAUGGAGGAGAGCCAGCAAAUUUUCUUGAUGUAGGUGGUGGGGUUAAGGAAAAUCAAGUUUUGAAAGCUUUUGAGAUUUUGACUUCCGAUCCCAAGGUUAAGGGAAUAUUAGUGAACGUUUUUGGUGGCAUUGUUAACUGUGCCACAAUUGCCAAUGGUGUUGUAGCAGCUUCCAAAAAACUCAGUUUGAAUGUACCAUUAGUUGUUCGUCUCGAAGGUACCAAUGUCGAUGAAGCAAGACAAAUUUUAAAGAAAUCGGGUUUAGCCAUACAGACUGCUACAGAUUUGGAUGAUGCCGCACAAAAAGCAGUAACUGCUCUUAAAUAAAAUGUUAUUUGCUUCAUAAGGGGAUGAAGUUAAAUUUUAACCACUCCUACUGGUUUGUUAGGUCAGACGUGCAUUUCACACAGUUGUAGACAAGUUUAUUCAUGAACAAUAAAUUUUUAAUUGUAUUGCCAGUAAAGAUAUUGCAGGCGAAUGUAUUCACUUAACUACAUAAAAUGUAUCUUUUUAUAUUUUUACAUUUAAUUUUCAAAUAAAACAAGUUUUAUUGUGUGAGUUUUGAAAUUUUAAA